UUUUACUAUCAUUUUUACAUCGCAAACAAUGGAAAUUAUGUAUGAUAAAAGAGAGCUAACGCAUCCUUGCAAAUGGGUUCCAGAAUGAAACAGUCCAAAACGAGGUUCCGGGUCCUGUUCCAUGGAAAUUCCCUAAAGUUACAUUGAUCGGUUUCUUGCGCUUGAUGGUUGAAAUCGUUCAAAGGGGUCUUCCAGUAAAGAGCACGUGACUUCUCACGAUUUUUCGGUCCUGUUCUUGUAAUUCAAUACAGAGCCAAAAUAUAAUGUGAGACAACUGACCGCUGCGCCUGUUGAAGAGUUGGGCUGUAUGCAUGUGGGGACUGGACAUUUGGACAUCAGACACUGACCACAAGGAAUACCUACAUUUUUCUACGUCUUUCUGGGAAUGAAACAUUAGUUUAAUAUAAAAUGUGUGAAAUAAUAUUUAGUCGGAUUUUUCUUGGGUUUCCGUUACUUCUCUGGAUGGCAGGUGGGCCUACACAUGCCGCCUGUCCUAUUGAGCUCAACCCUCUCACAUUGGUGGUGAGAUAUGGAGACUCAGUCUCAGUCAACUGCAGCACAUCAUCCACAGACUAUGAGGGGAUGGGCUGGGAGGCCACAUUAGGAGGUACAGCUUUAGAAGAGGUCAACUAUGUCAUCUGGAAUGUGGAGAAUUUGACAGACUGGACAAUACAACCUGUAUGCUACCUCACACAAAAAGAUGGAGAGCAGUGUUUGAAAAGGUUCCCUGUCAUUCUAUACAAGACUCCAGGCAGCGUCUCCGUCUCUCCUCAGAGCCACUCUGGUCCCAUGGUGGAGGGGACAGAGUACCAGCUGCAGUGUGACAUCCAGAACGUCGCUCCUUUACGGAGCCUGGUUGUGAGGUGGUACAAAGGGAAUGAAACUGUAAAAACUGAAACAUUUCACAACUCCACAAGGAUCCCAGUGGAUGUGUUCUCCACACUUAACAUCACCCCCAGGAGAUUUGAGGAUGAAGUAAAGUACAGAUGUGAGGCAGAGCUGGACCUGGGACCGAAGGGACCACUAGCUUCUGUCCUCUCAUCACAGACUCUUCAUUUUGCUGUUUACUUCCCACCACAGAACAUUCUGGAGCUGAGGGACACAGAAGUUGAUGUUGGUUCCCCUACUGGGCUGAAUUGCUCCUCAGAUGGGAACCCCCGGCCAGAAUACUCCUGGACUUAUCACCGGGCUCCCAACGUGAAAUUGAAGAACAAUGAUGGGGGGUCCCUACUGACCAUCGAGCAGGCCACAGGGGAGAACAUUGGGACUUACACAUGCCACGCCAGUAAUACCCUGGGAAAGGUCUUUAAAAUAGCCAGGGUCUCUGUCAGAGGAGCGGAGCCGGUAUGUCCUAUCAAACUGAUCCCUGAGAGUGUGGUGGUGAAAUAUGGAUCUCCAAUCUCAGUGUCGUGCAGAAACACAACCAGUGUUGAAGAGAUCUACUGGACCACAGGUCCAGAAGUUGUCAAUGACACUACCUGGAGUGUUUUGGAACUCCUAGACUGGGACAUAAGGCCUGGUUGUAAGGCAACCUUUCAGGGGAUUGGAAGAUGCAGUAAGCCUCUGCACAUCACAGUAUACAAGACUCCAGACAGCGUCUCCAUCUCUGUUCUGAGACACUCUGGUCCCAUGGUGGAGGGGACACAGUACCAGCUGCAGUGUGACAUCCAGAACAUCGCUCCUCUACAGAACCUGGUUGUGAAGUGGUACAAAGGGAAUGAACCCUUAGAUAAUGUAACUUACAGUACUGUCAGUAAGACACCAGUGGAUGUGUCAGAUACUCUUAUGAUCAGCCCCCGUAGAGAUGAUGAUGGAGCUCAGUAUAGAUGUAGAGCAGAACUGGACCUGGGACCAGAGGGACCACAGCAUACAGUGACAUCAGAACCUCUCAGGAUUACUGUACACUAUAAGCCAUGCAUCAAUGCAUCUCGACUGCCAGUGAGGAUACCUGUGUUCAGGGGCUAUCCUGAGGAGUUAGUGUGUGAGGCUGAGGGUUACCCACAGCCCAGGAUAAAGUGGGUCUAUGACCCAGCGAAGCAUGUCAGUGAGGCGGGAGGUAACCUGACUGUCUUUGAGGCAGGGCUCUACAACUGCACCGCCACCAACAUUGUUGAGACGAGCUUCAUUGUGGUAGAGGUGGUUUUAAAUGAGGACUACCUGCCCCUCAUAGCGGGCUUCGUGGCCUUCAUGGUCGUGGUCAUCUCGGUCAUUUUCGUCUUCAUCUACUCCAUCUACUACAAGAACACCAAGAUGGGCCGCUACAGCCUGAAGAAGGCCAAGCUCAGCAGCACGCCCAACGGCAACGUGGCGCAGAACGGCGGCCGGGACACUCCGCUCCCGAUGACUAAACUGUCUCAGCCAAACAUCAACUUUGGCUUUCCCGGUGAGGCACGAGACGAGGGCGGACACUCUCUCAUGGCCCGAAGGAGCCGGGUGGAUGGUUGCCAGGUACAAGUCCAGCUGCAAGAGGAACCCCUGGCAGUUCGCAGCCCGGUCCAUUGUCUGGGCAACGUGGUCCAUCGCGGUGCCAAGAUGGUGGAGCAUUGCUGCGUGCUCCUGGACGUGCUCAUCCACCCCUAUACCCAGGAGACACCAGACAGCGUCUCCAUCUCUGUUCUGAGACACUCUGGUCCCAUGGUGGAGGGGACACAGUACCAGCUGCAGUGUGACAUCCAGAACAUCGCUCCUCUACAGAACCUGGUUGUGAAGUGGUACAAAGGGAAUGAACCCUUAGAUAAUGUAACUUACAGUAUUGUCAGUAAGACACCAGUGGAUGUGUCAGAUACUCUGAUGAUCAGCCCCAGUAGAGAUGAUGAUGGAGCUCAGUAUAGAUGUAGAGCAGAACUGGACCUGGGACCAGAGGGGCCACAACCCCAUCCUACAACCCCCCCAACCUUUUCCAGACCUGCAGCUGAGACCCUGGACAUCAGAGUGGGGGAGGAAAUCACCUUAAACUGCACGGCUACUGGAAAAGCCCACUCCUCUCUCCCAGGAACCUACACCUGCACUGCCUCCAGUCAGAUAGGCAAGAUCGGCAAGACUUUCACUGUGAAUCCCAAACCUAUAGGGAGGGCUUUUGUUAGUAAUCACAGUUCACUUUGGAGUUGCCAAGCAGGACCAAGUCGGAAUUCCACUCGCCUUUCAACUCCGACCAUAGUGGACUUCAGCAAAGUCUGCAAAAAGAUGGAAAACUACUUUCUAAAAUGGAUCCUAAACUUUUGCAUGUUCUGCACCGUGUCAGGUGAAGGAUGCUCUCUGGAGCUGAAACCCUCCAGGGUGGUGGUGGGGUUUGGGGAGCCUGUUUCCGUCAGCUGUGAGGCCUCUCGCCCGGUGCGUGUCUUAGGCUGGGAGUCAGCCAUCGGGGCAGCACACACCCAACAGGACCGUGCUGUCCAAUGGAAGGUGGACAGUCUGAUCGACUGGAUCGAGGAGCCUAUCUGCUACGGAGUCUUCUUCACUGCACCCAGACAGUGUGAGGAGAAACUCAACCUCAUUCUUUACAAGACUCCAGACAGUGUCACUAUCAGCUCAGCGAACCACACUGGCCCCAUGUUGGAGGGGAAAGAGUACCAGCUGCUCUGUGAUGUCCAGAACAUUGCCCCUGUUCAAUACCUCACCCUGAGGUGGUACAGAGGGCAGACUGAAGUUUACAACCACUCUUUCUCUGAUCUGACCCCAGCCUCCCCUGUCCAAGUAUCCUCCAUCCUCCUGAUCACCCCAACCAAAGCUGAUAACGGAGCCCAGUACAAGUGCGUGGCUCAGCUGGACUUGGGACCAGAGGGACCACAACCGCCUCCUUCAGUGACAUCAGAGCCUCUCAACGUCUCUGUGCACUACCCCCCAUCCUUCCUCAGUCCUGAGGCUGAGACCCUGGACAUCGGUAUGGGGGAUGAAAUCACAUUAAACUGCACGGCUACAGGAAGCCCCAGUCCUGUGUACAGCUGGCAGUCUUCAGAUCCCAAAGAUAAGAUGGAGGACCUACCUCUUUUUACCUCUUCCUCCUUGCUUCCAGGGACCUACACCUGCAUUUCCUCUAAUAAGAUUGGCAAGAAGAGUAAGCAAUUCAUCAUCAAGACUAAGUCUUAAGGUGUGAGAAUGUCAUCAUUGUCAGCCAGACCAUCGCACAGAAAAAAAGGAAUCGCCUUACAUUCUUAAAGACUUUGGUCAUGUAAUAGUUUAUAGUAGCAUAUUGUGUUAUGAUUGAUUAUUGUUGUUGUUAUUGCAACAUAACGUAUACUUUGAUGUGUUUAAAUAUAUAUGUAGGGUAUACAGUUCACUUUCAGUGUGGAGAACCCUAGAACGAGAGGUAGUGUGAAUAAUUAUAUCCAUUAAUAAGCUAUCCAUUAACUUUAUUUUGGAAAUCUACGUUGUUUAUGUUCUCUUUUUUACAUGCAUAAAAACACUAAUAAAAUGACAAAUGUAUAUUUA